AUGAGGUCGGUUGCUGUCAAGAAAAUCAUCCUGUUCGGUGAUUCACAGACUGAGCAGAGUUCAAGCCAAUCUGGCGGGUUCAACCUUGCGCCGGCGUUGCAGCACGAAUACUGGUCCAAGUUACAGGUCGUAACACAUGGAUAUGGCGGGUACAACACGGAACAUGGACGCCAUAUCAUCGACGCCAUUCUCCAGGCAGAAGCGCCGUUAGCGACCCGAACCACGCAAAGUCGCAAUUCUGUCAAGUUAUUGGUGAUAUCAUUUGGCACAAACGAUGCGGCAGAUCCCAGACACAACAAGCAUUCACAAAGCGUACCCAUCGAUAGAUACAUGGAAAACCUAUCACACAUGGUCGAGGCAGCGAAACAGCGUGGAGUUGAAGCCGUGGUUCUCAUAGGACCAGGACCAGUCAACGAGCUCGCACCCGAAGCCCCAUUAGAUCGACUUACCGAGAGGGCAAGACUGUACUCGGAUGCCACCGCACAAGUCGCAAGGCAAUUCGGCACGCAGAGCAAUGUCGCUUUCGUUGACCUGUGGCACGCUUUCAUGGAUGUUGCAGGGUGGACGGCAGAACAGCCUAUCCCUGGACGGAGAGAAUGCGUUGAAGAGGUUCACUUGAAUGCCCUCUCCCAAGAUGUCGCCGGGUUUGUAACGCUCUCGAGGUUGUUGGCUUCCGAUGGUGUCCACUUCACAGCAGAGGGAUACCAGAUCUGGUACAGCGUGCUCCUACAGACCCUUCGCGAACAGUGGCCGGCGCUCAGGUCGGAAAAUUUGAAGACAAUUUUCCCACCCAUUUUUGACAUAGACCCAAGCAAUCUGCAAGCUUCAUUGUGGCAGCAUUUAGAGGAGGCCUGA